AUGGCGAAACUCAAGGAACUCACCCCUGAAGAAGUGGCUCGACAUUGCACCGAAGUCGAUGUCUUCAUAAUAAUUCAGGGCAAUGUGUACGAUUGCACCGAGUUUCUCAAAGACCAUCCUGGUGGGGAGGACAUAAUUAUGGAGGUCGCUGGCGAGGAUGCCACGGAGGCGUUUGAUGAUGUUGGGCACAGUGACGAGGCGCGAGAGAUGUUGCCAAAAAUGAUUGUUGGGAAGAUCAAGCAAUAG